AUGGGAUUCGCUCGAACCGGAUCAAUCCCAUCUUUGGUAGCUGGAGUCGGUAUCGGUGCUAUGUACGGAUACUCGGGUUACCUCUUGAAGAAGAAUGCAAACUAUGGCAUUGAACUUGCUAUUCUUGCAUCCCUCGUCCUUGGUGGUGCUAUGAUUCCUCGAGCGAUCAAGACGAGGAAGCCACUACCAAUCGCCAUGUCGGUGCUGGCCAUCACUGGUGGAGCGUAUUAUAUCAAGAAGUGA